AUUAUUCAAAUCUUCCCACCAUGACCAUGAUGAAAUUUCUUAUUGUUUUCGUUGUUUUGAUUGCUUUCACGUCUCAUUUGUGUGAGAGCUUUGAGUUGGAAGGAAAGGAUUUUGAAUCUGAAAGAAGUCUCAUGCAACUCUACAAAAGAUGGAGUAGCCACCAUAGAAUCUCAAGAAAUGCACAUGAGAUGCACAAACGUUUCAAGAUCUUUCAAGAUAAUGCAAAACAUGUGUUUAGAGUGAACCACAUGGGAAAAUCAUUAAAAUUGCGACUUAACCAGUUUGCUGAUUUGUCUGAUGAUGAGUUUAGUAUGAUGUACGGUUCCAACAUUACUCACUACAACAGCUUACAUGCCAAUCGUGUUGGUGGAUUUAUGUAUGAACGAGCAAUGAAUAUCCCAUCUUCAAUCGAUUGGAGGCAAAGAGGAGCUGUGAAUGCCAUAAAAAAUCAAGGCCGUUGUGGAAGUUGUUGGGCGUUUGCAGCUGUGGCUGCCGUGGAAUCUAUUCACCAAAUAAGAACAAAUGAAUUAGUAUCUCUAUCAGAGCAAGAAGUGGUGGAUUGUGAUUAUAAGGUCGGUGGUUGUCGUGGAGGAAAUUAUGACUCUGCAUUUGAGUUCAUAAUGCAAAAUGGUGGAAUCACAAUUGAGGAAAACUAUCCAUAUUUUGCAGGAAAUGGAUAUUGUCGUAGACGAGGACCUAACAGUGAGAGAGUAACAAUUGAUGGAUAUGAGUGUGUACCUCAAAACAACGAGUAUGCUUUGAUGAAAGCAGUGGCACACCAACCGGUAGCAGUGUCGGUAGCUUCAAGUGGGAGUGAUUUUAGAUUUUACGGGGAGGGAAUGCUUAGAGAAGAUAGCUUUUGCGGAUAUAGAAUUGACCACACGGUAGUGGUAGUUGGGUAUGGAAGUGAUGAAGAGGGAGAUUAUUGGAUAAUAAGAAACCAAUAUGGAACUCAAUGGGGAAUGAAUGGUUACAUGAAGAUGCAACGAGGAACACGAAACCCACAAGGUGUAUGUGGAAUGGCGAUGCAACCUUCCUUUCCCGUCAAGUAUUGAUUGGAUUUCCUCUUUUUUAUUUUAGAACGGAUAGCUAGCUAGCUAAGCUAGGGAUAGGAUUUUAUUCUUUUGCUAUUUUUUAUUUUUGAAAAUAAUGCAGCAGAAAGUACAUUAUUCUGCUUUGCUUUUGCUUUCAAUUUCCUUCCGUUGUAGCAAUUCCAAUAUAAAUAAAUAAUUAGUUUCACUCA